GAAAGCAAAUCUUGAAAAAAACAAAGCUUCGUCCGCGGCUUUUUACUUUUGGUGAUCGAUCAUUUUUUUUUUUUUCCUUUUCCAGUCUGACCUCCCAAAUCCCUUCUCUCUCUCGAAUUCGCGACUCUCACAUGAUUUAGGAAGAAAAAGGGAUGAUUGGAUCGUGACUUUUUUUUGGAAUUUUUGGGGAUAAAUUGUGACUGGGUUUGGUGUUUUUUGUUUGUUAAAAAAAUAAAUAAUAUGUGGGUGCCUACUUUGAGCGCAAGCUCAUGUUCAAGUGAGGAGAGGGAAGAGAGCAGUGGAGAACCUGGUCUUACCCCUGUUUAUCUCAAUGUCUAUGAUCUUACUCCUGUCAACAAUUACCUUUAUUGGUUUGGUAUCGGCAUUUUCCAUUCUGGAAUCGAAGCUCAUGAUUUGGAGUACUGCUAUGGAGCUCACGAGUAUCCAACGAGCGGGGUAUAUGAGGUAGAACCUAAGAAUUGUCCAGGGUUCAUCUUUAGACGGUCUGUUUUACUGGGAACUACCAGCAUGUCCCGUUCAGAUUUCCGCUCUUACAUGGAGAAGCUUUCAAGAAAAUACCAUGGUGACACUUACCAUUUGAUUGCCAAGAACUGUAACCAUUUCACUGAAGAGGUAUGCUCGCAGCUUACAGGAAAGCCUAUUCCAGGAUGGAUUAAUCGGCUUGCCCGAGUUUCAGGUUCGUUCUGUAAUUGUCUUUUGCCAGAAAGCAUUCAGCUUACAGCUGUUAGUGCUCCUUCAGAACGCCUUGAGUUCUCCGAUGAGGAUGAAUCAAACUCUGAGGCAUCUUCUGUGUCAGAUGAAGAAGGAUCAGAGCACCAUCUUAUAAAUGCAGCAGACAGAGAGAUUGUGUAUCUACAAAACAAACCAGUGCGACUUACCAGAGAGGAGAUCCCCUGAGAACCCAACUAGCCACGACUUCCUCCUGAGGCAACCCAAACCAAUCAUCAGAGCCACGACUUCCUCAUGGGUGAACACACUCUACCCAUGGAAACUGAAAAGGGAGUAAGUGAUAUCUCGUUUUGUCACCUUAAAGCUGCGUUUGUCCUGUCAGGAACUCGAUUUGGUAUUCUUCUCAUCAUCAUUAUAGGAAUGUAAAAACGGAUUCCGGAUUUAUGUAAAGGUGAACUUUUCAGAUAUGUUUUACGGAGAUUCUUUAGCUUUGGCUAUCAGUAUCACAAUUUCUCAUUCUUUACCAA